UAUAUAAUUUAGAAAAGAGUGUCAAAAUAAAUCCCCAAAUAAUAGCGAGGGCGAGGGUUUGGAAAUUGGAAUUAGGGAGAGUUGGGUGAGAAUGAAUAUUAUGUGAGAAGGUAGAUUCUCUCGUUGGUGCGGGGCAAAUGCUGCGGUUAGCUAUCUGUUUCUUCUCCUCAAUACCCUAACUCACAACUCUCCUUCAUAUUCAUUCAGAUAACUAUCCCUAUACCUAAACCUCAUCAAUUCAAUUCAAUUCAAUAUAUAUGCACCCAAACAAACAAGCAGCACAUGGAUUUUUUCACCGAUUAUGGCGAUGCAAAUAGAUAUAAAAUUCUUGAAGUGAUAGGGAAGGGAAGCUAUGGAGUUGUUUGUGCAGCAACGGACACACACACUGGGGAAAAAGUAGCAAUAAAGAAAAUACAUGAUGUUUUUGAGCAUAUAUCUGAUUCCAUACGGAUCCUGCGUGAAGUCAAGUUGCUCAGGCUUUUACGGCAUCCUGAUAUUGUUGAAAUUAAGCGCAUCAUGUUGCCACCAUCAAAAAGGGAGUUCAAAGACAUUUACGUUGUCUUUGAGCUAAUGGCGUCUGAUCUUCACCAAGUCAUUAAAGCUAAUGAUGACUUGACCCAUGAACAUCAUCAGUUUUUUCUUUAUCAGAUGCUACGUGCGUUGAAAUAUAUGCAUACAGCAAAUGUGUAUCAUCGAGAUCUUAAGCCGAAGAAUAUAUUGGCAAACGCAAAUUGCAAACUCAAAGUUUGUGACUUUGGACUAGCAAGAGUUGCAUUUAGUGACAUGCCAACAUCAAUAUUUUGGACAGAUUAUGUUGCUACAAGAUGGUAUAGGGCUCCAGAAUUGUGCGGAUCAUUCUUUGCUAAGUAUACCCCCGCAAUUGAUAUAUGGAGUAUUGGAUGCAUUUUUGCCGAGGUACUGACAGGGAAGCCAUUAUUUCCUGGUAAAAGUAUUAUUCAUCAGUUAGAUUUGAUCACUGAUCUUCUUGGGACGCCUUCCCCAGAAACUGUUUCAGCAGUUCGAAAUGAGAGGGCACGAAAAUAUUUGACAGAAUUGAGGAAAAAACCUCCUGUGCUCUUUGAACAGAAAUUUCCAAAUGCAGAUCCUCGAGCACUCCGCCUGCUGCAAAGAUUAUUAGCAUUUGAUCCAAAGGAUCGGCCAACCGCUGAAGAGGCACUGGCUGAUCCUUACUUUAAGGGACUUUCCAAAGUUGAGAGAGAACCGUCUGCUCAGCCUAUCUCAAAGUUGGAGUUUGAGUUUGAGAGGCGAAGGGUGACAAAGGAGGACAUUAGAGAACUAAUAUACCGAGAGAUACUAGAAUACCAUCCUCAGCUGCUUAAAGACUACAUGAAUGGAAAUGAAGGCACAAAUUUCCUAUAUCCUAGUGGUAUAGGCCAGUUCAGAAAGCAGUUUGCAUAUCUUGAGGCAAAUGGUGGUAAAAGUUCCCCGGUUAUUCCUUUAGAGAGGAAGCAUGUCUCUCUCCCGCGGUCCACUGUUCACUCGAAUGUAAUUCCUCCUAACACACAGCAAAACUUGACCUCAUAUGAGCAUCGGAAAAUUAUGGAGCAGGCUUCAACAAAUUUUAGGGCAAUGGAUUCGUGUUCUGGAAAUCCAUCUAAGGUUUCCCGGCCUCCGCCUAGGGUUCCAACAUCGAAACCAGGGAGAGUUGUGGGACCAAUUCUACCUUUUGAGGAUUUCAGAAACAUCAAAGAUGACAAUGGUUCAAGGUUAUUUGAUAGAAAUGCAGUUAGCACUCCUCAGGCAGUCACUCCACAAUGGUUCUUCAAGACUUGCACCAUGAAUCAAGAGAAAUCUGGGUUGGAGACACACAGGGAAUUGUCACAAGCUAAACCUCAAAUCCAAUCCCAACAAUGCAAUGUACCAGAAAAACGAGCCUCAAGCAUGGCCAUGGAUGUUAACACCAACUUAUAUUACCAACCACAAGCCAAGGCAGAUCAGUUAAAUAAUGAUCGAAUUACAAUCGAUGCAAAACUGCUGCAGGCACAGUCACAGUUACAGUUUGGUGCAGCUGGUGCUGCAGCUGUAGCUGUUGCUGUUCACAGGAAUGCAGGAGCUGUACAGUAUGGUCUGUCUUAAGUGGUGGGGUUUUGUGGAUCCGCUAACAAUCUAUGCUAGCUGGUCUCGUUUGAAAGAGAGGUUUCUAGGUUUUAUUAACUUUUUUUCUUCUCUCUUUUCCCGAUUAUGUAAAUGCUCUAAUAAUUUAACUAUUGAAAUUAGUAUAAAAAGCAAUUUGUUUCGUAACA